AACAACAUGUAAAGUUUAAAGUUCGUUGAUGUUUUAUUUACUUUUAAGGCAUUUUGCCAAGCACCGAUAUAAAGUUUAACUACUUUCAGUUUUGCUUGAUAUGUGCACUACCAAUUCGUAGAAAAGUGGACGAUGUACAUUUAUUCCAUUGAUCCCAGGGACAAAUAUUCUUGGACAAAUCAGAAUCUUCUCGAUGAAGAUGUAAGCAUUAUAUUUAAAUUCUCACAAGCCGGAUAUUACGUACAGCCGAAAACAGGGAUUACAAUUGGCCGGUAUUCGCGGUUUUCCCUCAGUCGAAGGGAAGCAUGGCGGAAGAUCUUUUGUCAACAAUAAAAGACGAAAAGUUAAGAAAUGCUUCUUUGGAGGCCACAAAAUCUGGAUGCAUUCUGCCAAUUCUUAAAGAAGAGCUUAAAAGUAAAAUUCAGUUGAAACGAUUUAUACAAGGACAAGAUGAAAUAGAUCUUACUGUGCCAUCACCAACAAAGAAAGUGCAUGUGGAGUUUACUGAGGAAGAACUUGAGCGAAAGGAAAAACGAAAAGACCAAAACAGAAAGGCGGCCAUGAAAUUCAGAUUAAAAGAAAAAGAAGAUAAAGUUCGCCUCGAACAGACUCUGAAAGAACUUAAAAGAAGAAAUGAAGAAUUGAGGAGUAAUGUACGUCAGAUGGAGGAGGAUAAAGCUAAGAUUCUACAGCUCAUUAACGAUAAAAGUAAACGCUACAUGACAUGAUGGUAGUGAUCACAACGAUGUCUCCAUUGUGUUCAUCAUGUGACUGGGGUUUUACAGGUGUCUAUUUUUGUCUUAUCAAAAGACACAUGCCAAAAUUGUGUUCUCAGUAUUUUCGCUCGAAUCCGACCAAUAUACGAAUCUUUUAUUGUCUUUUGAAAACAUUCCAUAUUGUUUUCCGAAUUGGAUUCAUAUUGCUCAAGAGAGGUAAAGUGUUAUGUUUAAUGUAAAGAGAAAGUGGUUUUGUUUUCUUUUCUUAUGUACUCUGAGUAUGUUUACUACAUGUAUGUAUAAGAAAAUCGUUUUUCUAGAGUGUGCAUGAGUUGUCAUAAUUUAUCAUAAAU